AUGCAAUGUUCACGUGAACUGACAUGCAAACAUGAACCUAAAGACAAGCCUACUACAGUUUCACCUCUCAAAAGGGUUAACAGAAGCUUCUCUGGAACUCUAAGCUAUGAUUCACCAUUGAGGAAGAAGAAGAAGGCAUUAACCAAAUCGGCGUUGAAUCCUUCUCUUGGUUCGGAAAUACAAAUAGAAAACGUGGAGAAGCUCCAAUUUCCAGCUUUAGACAUCACUAGUACCAACUACAUUUCAUGGGUUACAAAUGUUGAACUUCAUCUUGAAUCUCUUGGUCUAUCCCAGACCGUUAAAGAGAAUAAUACUUCGACGCCUCAAGAAAAGGCUAAAUCGGUGAUCUUCCUUAGAAGACACCUUGAUGAAAGUAUUAUUUAUGACUAUGCCAACAUGAGAGACCCUAAAGAGCUAUGGAAGUCUCUGAAAGAUCGUUUUGAUCAUCAGAAAGACAUAACACUUCCACUUGCUCUGGAUGAAUGGCAGAGUCUGAGAUUCCAAGAUUUCGACAAAGUGAUGAAUUACAAUUCUGCUGUGUUAGGAAUUGUGGCCAAAUUGAGAUACUGUGGUGAAACGAUCACCGAAUCUCAAAUGCUUGAGAAGACAUACACCACAUUCCACAAGAGCCACAUCACCCUGCAACAACAGUACAGGUUGCGGGGAUAUACCAAAUUUUCGGAAUUGAUUGUAGCUCUUCUCAUAGCAGAAAAGAACAACGAGCUUCUGAUCAAGAAUCACAUGACCCGUCCAACUGGUUCUAAACCGUUUCCUGAAGCAAACGCAUUUGAUGCGAAGAAACCACUAAAGGAAAAUAAUACCUUUCGGGCUCGCGGUCGCGGUCGUCAAAACUACCGUGGACGACGACGAAAGUACAAUCCAAAAGAUAGGAAGUCAUUCCAGUGGGUCCGCUCUGAACAAACCCCUAAGGGAAAAGAACACCAAGGAAAUACCUCCCAGAAGCGAGAAGAAGCUUGUUUCAGAUGCGGUACUAAGGGACACUGGUCUCAUUUAUGUCGUACCCCUGCACACCUUUGCGCUCUAUACAAGGAGUCCGUCAAAGGGAAAGAAAAAGCGGACGAUACACGAGAGUCUAAAACACGCCUGCAGCGUGGCAGACCUGCUGGUUCUAAGAAUAAAAAUCUUAGAAAACAAAAAGAUGUCAAGAUAAAUGACACAUCCAAAAUAGCAGAAAGUAUUUUAGAAGAAACAAAUAAUGAGGAUACUGAGAAAGUUGAGCAUCAUGAGUCGGAAAAUCCCUAUAGGGGUUAA